AUGACGGCGUCUCCCGACUACCUGGUGAUUCUCUUCGUGACCACGGCGGGCACCAAUGGGGCAAGGUUGGGCUCAGACGAGCGAGAGCUGCUCCAGCUCCUGUGGAAAGUGGUCGACCUGAGGAGUAAGGAGCUGGGGCACCUGCAUGACGUGCUGGUCCGGCCUGACCACACAGAACUGACGGCCGAGUGCCAGGAGAUCACCCAAGUGGAUGUGGAGAGCCUGGCACUGGCUCCACCGCUGGAGCAGGCACUGAGACAGUUUAAUCAGUCCGUGAGCAAUGAGUUGAACAUUGGUGUAGGUACUUCUUUCUGUUUCUGUACUGAUGGACAGUUGCACAUUAGGCAGGUUCUACACCCUGAAGCUUCCAAAAAGAAUAUUUUACUACCUGAAUGCUUCUACUCCUUUUUUGACUUGCGGAAAGAGUUCAAGAAGUGUUGCCCUGGCUCACCAGAAGUGAGCAAACUCGAUGUUGCAGCCAUGGCAGAAUAUUUAAAUCUUGACAAGAACAGUCCAGCAUUUCCCUAUGGAGCCUCUCAAGUUGAAGAUAUGGGGAAUAUAAUUUUAAAAUUAAUAUCUGAACCAUACAAUCACCGAUUUUCAGAUCCAGAAAGGGUGAACUACAAAUUUGAAAGUGGGCCUUGCAGCAAGAUGGAACUUGUGGAUGACAAUGCUGUUAUCCGAGCAAGAGGAUUGCCGUGGCAGUCAUCUGACCAGGACAUAGCGAGAUUCUUCAAAGGUCUAAAUAUUGCCAAAGGAGGUGCUGCACUCUGUCUCAAUGCCCAGGGCAGGAGGAAUGGGGAGGCUCUUGUGAGAUUCGUAAGCGAAGAGCAUAGAGAUCUAGCACUACAAAGGCACAAGCAUCACAUGGGGAACCGAUACAUAGAGGUAUACAAGGCAACAGGUGAAGACUUCCUUAAAAUUGCAGGAGGUACUUCCAAUGAGGUUGCACAGUUCUUGUCAAAAGAAAACCAAGUGAUUGUCAGGAUGCGAGGUCUUCCUUUCAAUGUAACAACAGAAGAAGUGCUGACUUUCUUUGGCCAGCACUGCCCUGUAACGGGAGGAAAGGAGGGAGUCCUGUUUGUCACUUAUCCUGAUAGCAGGCCAACAGGGGAUGCCUUUGUCUUGUUUGCUUGUGAGGAAUAUGCACAAAAUGCACUGAAAAAGCACAAGGAUUUGCUGGGGAAAAGGUACAUUGAACUCUUCCGGAGCACUGCAGCAGAAGUUCAGCAGGUGCUGAACAGGUACUCUUCCACACCUCUCAUUCCUCUCCCAACACCUCCAAUUCUUCCAGUAUUACCUCAACAAUUUGUGCCUCCCACUAACAUCAGAGACUGCAUACGUUUGCGUGGUCUUCCCUAUGCUGCUACUAUAGAGGAUAUUUUGGAGUUCCUGGGAGAGUUCUCUACAGAUAUUCGGACCCAUGGAGUUCACAUGGUACUAAAUCACCAGGGACGUCCAUCGGGAGAUGCUUUCAUUCAGAUGAAAUCUGCAGAUCGAGCUUUCCUGGCUGCACAGAAGUGUCAUAAGAAGACUAUGAAGGACAGAUAUGUUGAAGUCUUUCAAUGUUCUGCUGAAGAGAUGAACUUUGUAUUAAUGGGGGGCACUUUAAAUCGAAAUGGCUUGUCCCCGCCACCAUGUAAGUUACCAUGCCUUUCACCCCCUGCCUACUCCUUUCCGGCUCCUGCUGCAGUCGUGCCAACAGAAGCUGCUCUGUACCAGCCAUCCAUGCUUCUGAACCCACGAGCACUCCAGCCCUCCACAGCCUACUACCCUGCUGGGGCUCAGCUCUUCAUGAACUACACAGCAUAUUACCCCAGUAUGCAGCAGAGGAUGGACUUGUACACACAAAUGAUGCGGCCAGGACAGUGUCCAAAGAAUGGAUUUGCAUUUAAAAGCCCCAGCAGUUAG